ACAAACGCACGAAUCACAAAUUGAAAUUCUUUUUUUUUCAUAGUAUUUUUGCUGUUGCUUCAACAUUUUGUUUCUUCUUAUGGCAACGAAUUAAGGUUGCAGCAGCAAGAUGUAUUGUCGUGGCAUUUUGAACUUUAUUAUUAGAUGUCAGAUAGCAAUUUAUCAGGGUUGGAUUGAGUAUUGCCAAAGGGGUUGUUUAAUUGGUUCACAGUAUUUGGUGAAGCCAAAUUAUCAUUCAUGUGAACGUCGUCUUUGGCAAGGCAUUUUUAUUGUUUGCAUCUCUUUUGGUUGUUUUUUAUUACUUUACUACGCUACCAAUUAUUCGGAAAAUGUUUUUCGUAUAGUGAUAGAGGAUCAUGGCAGGGAUGAAGAAUUUGAUUAUCCUGCAUUGGGUAUUUGUCAAAUGGGUAUCCAGAAUGAUGAGGAGACUCUAGCAAGAGUGGAGGACAUCUUGAAUAACACUAUUUAUAAAAGUUUUCCCAGUUUAAGAGUGAACGGUAUGAUUAAGGAUUUUAUGAAUGUGAUGACCUUUCAAAAUCUCAACAUUGAAAAAAUAUCUAUAAGAAAUUUUUUUAUAUAUAUGAAAACACUUCCAAGAGAUAUAAGAGAUUUUUUGCAAAACUUUAACUACAAGGAGUUAUCCGAAAAGAUUUCUAGCAAUUGUGAGGAACUUUUUGGUGAAUGUCGGUGGCUGGAUAAUGAAUAUUUCAAAUGCUGCGAGCUGUUUCGUAAUGUUUCAACAAUGUUGGGCAAAUGCUUCAUAUUUAAUUCAGAACUUAACAGGAACCCUAAAGCCACCAAAAUGAUUAAUGAAAUUGAAAUAUUUAGAGAACCAUUUCGUAUGCAUGUUACUUUAAAAAAGGCCUCUAGAAUUUUUCUGUUGAACUCUAGAGAUGUACCGGAAAUUAUUACACCCCUACCGCGAUACAGACUUAUAAAAAAAGGUGUCACUUUAAGUAUGGAAUUUAAUAUUGUGCCAAUUGUAAACGAUAAGGGUUUACAAUAUUUAAAACCCAGAAAUGUACAUUGCAUAAUGAAUAAGGAUUUCAAAAUGAACGACGAAACAUAUUUGCAUCACAGUUAUUCUACUUGUGUUACCAACGUAUUUUAUGACGAACAAAUUAAACGAUGUAAUUGUACUGAUCUAUAUGCACCGGAUUCGAAAGCUAAAUUGUGCACUUUAUCGCAAUAUGUCUGCUUGGAAAACCAUGAUUUGAUUAAUUCUAAUUUAAUAUUGUCGAGACAAUCUACACCAUGCUUUCCGAAUUGCUUCGAUUCCGAAUAUAUUGUGGAAAACAUGUUUUACAGAGAUGUACCGGAAAUUAUUACACCCCUACCGCGAUACAGACUUAUAAAAAAAGGUGUCACUUUAAGUAUGGAAUUUAAUAUUGUGCCAAUUGUAAACGAUAAGGGUUUACAAUAUUUAAAACCCAGAAAUGUACAUUGCAUAAUGAAUAAGGAUUUCAAAAUGAACGACGAAACAUAUUUGCAUCACAGUUAUUCUACUUGUGUUACCAACGUAUUUUAUGACGAACAAAUUAAACGAUGUAAUUGUACUGAUCUAUAUGCACCGGAUUCGAAAGCUAAAUUGUGCACUUUAUCGCAAUAUGUCUGCUUGGAAAACCAUGAUUGA